AUGCUGCGACGUAACUCGCGUCUUUUCGCGCUAAAAGAGCGUCUUACACCGGCGACAGCGGCUCUUUCUUCACCUUAUUUGUCGUGUGUGCGCUUUAAGCGCUCAUCUGCAAAAUCUGGUUACGUAAGCGUUGCUAGUGGCUCCGAUCGCAGCACAGCGCUGACGAUGGCGAUCCGUCAAAUUGAAAGCAGCUUUGGAAAAGGCGCUGUCAUGCAAUUGGGAUCAACGAAGAUUGCAGAGCGCGUGGAAGUAAUUUCAUCUGGAUCCUUGUCUUUAGAUUUGGCUUUGGGAGUAGGAGGCAUUCCAAGAGGACGUGUCGUGGAGAUUUACGGCCCUGAGAGCUCAGGAAAGACGACAUUAGCACUGAGUUGUAUUGCUCAAGCUCAAAAAACAGAAAAUGGAGUUUGUGCCUUUAUCGACGCAGAGCAUGCAAUUGAUGCCCAUUACGCGAAAGCUUUGGGUGUUGAUAUUGAUGCUUUAUACGUCUCCCAGCCGGACUCUGGUGAAGAAGCGCUGGAGAUUGCUGAUACACUUAUUCGAUCUGGAGCAGUGGAUCUUGUUGUGCUUGACAGUGUUGCGGCACUUGUGCCACGAGCGGAGCUGGAGGGUGAGAUGGGAGAUCAACAAAUUGCUUUGCAAGCACGGCUCAUGAGUCAAGCUCUACGAAAGCUGACUGGAUCACUUUCUAAAUCCAACUGCACUAUUAUUUUCCUGAACCAGAUUCGACAGAAAGUAGGCAUUAUCUUUGGAUCUCCUGAGGUGACGUCGGGUGGCACGGCGUUGCGCUACUACGCGUCAGUGCGGCUGGAUAUCCGCCGCAAGACGGCAAUCAAGGAAGGUGACCAGGUGGUCGGUAAUGAGACGGUGGUUAAGGUGGCCAAGAACAAGCUGGCGUCGCCUUUCAAGGUUGCAAACUUUGACAUGAUGUUCGGGCACGGUAUCGAUCGCCAGUCGGAGCUGCUUGAGUUGGGUGUCCAGCAUGGCCUGUUGAAGCGCUCGGGCGCGUGGUAUAGUCUCGCUGGGAGCGAUGAACCAAUUGCUCAAGGAAAGGCGAAGGCCAAGGUUUUUCUACAGGAACAUCCUAAAAUUGCGAAUGACCUCGAAGCAAAGUUGCGUCAGAUGCUUUUCCAGUCUGUCGGGGUUGAGGAAAAAGCUGGCGUGGAUUCUGACACCGAAGUGGCUGACAAGGAUGAGUCAAAUGCUACCUCAACCGAAGGUGUUGACAGUGACAUUAACAAUGAAGAUGAGAAGAUCACCAUGUGA